AUUUCCUCUCCGUUAACGAAAUGAGGGUGUGGUCUGAGAGUGAAGACAACCCCUUCUCAGGAGAGCUUCUUAUAGCCCGGAGAGAUCAAACUAAAUCUCACUUGUUUCCCACCAUCAAAAAUGCAUCUCCUUGUGCUGAUCCUUGGGAUUGUGCUUCUCCCCAAAGCCUCCACCCUGAAAUGUUAUCAGUGUGUAACGGGUAACUCUGGAACCUGCAGCGACACUGUAGAAUGUCCUCAACAGGGUCAACAGUGUGGUGCGAUGAGAGUCGUGUCAUAUGCAGGAGGUUCAAAACUCGCUAAUCUUACCUCCAAAGCCUGUGUGCUGCCUGCAGAGUGUGUCAAAGGAUCAGUGAACUUUGGAAUUGCAAAGAAUGAAUUUGCCAGCAGGUGCUGCACCACCGAUCUCUGCAACACUCAAGCUGCCCCGGAUGUCGGCCAAUCCUCCCAAAAUGGAAAGAAAUGCUUCUACUGUGAUGGACAAUCGUGCACUGCAACUCUGAACUGUGUGGGGGACGAGGACUACUGCAUCUCAUCAACAGUGGAUACAGGAGGGAAGGCCGUGACAGUGAAGGGCUGUGUUUCCAAGAUGCUAUGUUCAAGUGUCCAAUAUGCUGAGACAAUGAGAGGCCUUGGAAAGGACAUCAGCUGCUGCCAGGGCAACUUCUGCAACAGUGCCACCAGUACAACUGCUGGUAUUCUGCUGUUGGUGGCACCGCUGGUCUCUGUGGUCUUGUUUUCUUAGUUUUGCUUCUCAUCUGUGCACAACCUCAUAGUGCUUAAACCAGCUUUGUUACUGUUUCAGACGUGUGUGAGAAAGUAGAAAUUUAGAAAGCAAAAAAACAGAAUGGUGUUUUCCUGUCUCCUGCAACAUGCAGUUUCUAAUUGGCUCACUUUUUAAAUUUUUGACAUAGUUUUACGUUGUCUAUACAUCUAACAGCAACUGUCUUGCAUAGAAUUGUGAAUAACAGUGCUGUUUGCAUUUCUGUUUGGCUUUGUUUAAUAGUUAAAACAAGGGAAAAGUAGAAGAUAUACUGAUGCAAAUUUGUGGUUGUGAGUGCUGUUAGUAACCGACACCUUUUGUAUCUCGAAAUUUGGAAACAAUGCUUUGAUGUUAUUGAUAUAAAGGAAAAUAAAGUUCUGCUGAAUCAGA